AUGGGCUCAAGCAUACCUAUAAAGCUUCUUAACGAGGCUCAAGGCCACGUUGUGUCAGUCGAACUUAACAAUGGUGCAGGGCUAAAGGGCAAACUUUCUGACUCAGAGGAUAGCAUGAAUGUGCUGUUAAAAGAUGUGACGGAAACCAGUCGGGAUGGGAGUGUGAAGCAUUUGGAUGAAAUAUUUGUAAGGGGCUCACAAAUAAGAUUUGUAUCCGUUCCGGACAUUCUUAAGAAUGCACCGUUUCUCAAAAAACAGCUUCAUGAGUAA